AUGAAACUCUUCAUCUUCGUCCCAUUUGCCGCAUUCUUGGCCUCUGCUUUCGCCCUCUCGGCAAACGACAUUAAUGAGGACCUGCCGGCACAGCCGGCUGCGUUUCCAAAUAUGACUUCUCAUGCACCUGCUCGAGUCCAGCUUUUAAGGAUACCCUCACGACAUGCUUGUCGGAUGCGUGUACAGAAGAGGACACAGAAAAACUGUGGUACGGACCCGAGCUCGAACUCUGGGUCGGAGUAG